CAUAAGAGCAAAACCAACUAUCCACAAUACUACUUACUUCAUUUGGAAACAUCUAGUUUUGCACAUAUUACUGUGGCUUGUACUUACUUUCUUCCUUCCCCUUUCUGCUGCUGUUUGAGACAUUCAUAUAUCAUGCCUUGUCUUAUAAAAACUCUUUGGGCAAUGACUGUCGUCUUAUGUGUUUGUAAAGAACAGUGGGAUCCCAGUUUUGAUUGGGAGCUCUAGAUGUUAUUGCAGAACAUCAUAAUAGCUCUCUAAAAUCAACGUAAUGCUGUUACUGUCAGCAUUGUUGACAUCAUUAACCUUCCAGUCAAUUAGGCCUGUCAUCUGAGAGUCAUUUUAGGUUCCUCCCUCUUUCCAAUCCUACACAUCCAGGCCACAUAAAAAUCUCACUGCUUUUUUCCCUUAACACUUCCAAGAUCUUUUCUCUCUGUCCACACUACUUUAACUCUCAUUUAGGCCUUCAUCUUCUGACUUAACUACUGCAACCUACUCUCUGGCCUUCCUUAAGUCCAUCUCAUCUCCCUUAGAACAUUCAAAAUGAGGGUGAUAAAUAAUUUUUCCUGAGCUAUAAUUCAAACAGUGUCAGUCCUCUCUCUGAAUCUCCCUACUGGUUUUUUUUUUCUCUCUCUCUCCCCCUUCACAUCAAAUUCAAUCUUCUUGUCUACCUUAAAUGUCCUUCACAACUCUGCCCUUCCUAUUUAUCUAUUCUUAUAUCGCAUUGUCCCAAGUGCUCUCUCAAUGUCAGCCUUUAUCGCAUAUUUGUCCACUUCUCCCACAAGUACCUUCUUGAUGCUUCUUACAUGUGGAAUGCCCUCUGCAAACUAAUAUGUAAAGCACCUGCCCGACUCUUUGUUUUUAAAUUCCCUCAAGGGUCACUACAGCGAUUAUACUAAUGUUAAAUUACCAAGUGAAAAAGAUUGGGAAGGCUUCUGAUUUAAAAGAUAUAAAAAAAAUUUAUGAAAAGACUUGUAACCUGAAAGUUGUGUGCAGUGCUAGUCUGCGUAAUCAUGUGCUCCUAUAACUGUUACCCUUUUCUCUCUAUUUGUUUGUGACACACUCUUGGUGCAUCUUGUCUUAAUUGUAAGCUCUCUGCAUAAGAGUCGUUCUGUUACUAUGUAUUUUUACGGCUGUUAACACAAUGGGGCCCCAGUUGAUUGGAGUCUUAAGGUGCCAGUGUAAUAAAAAAAGUUUUCCUUUUGCUGUUAAGUGAUGACCUAUUUGAAUGAGAAAUAAAUUAUGAAUUCUGAACUGGAAAACUUAAACACAAAGAAAUUCUCGCCAGCUGAGUAACAAACUUCUGUCAGAUGGAAUUUGAAAUAGAAGAUCUGGUAGUAUCUUAAAGAACAAUAUCAGGAGUAGAAGCAUAAAGAAGUUUACUUUAUGAAGACUAAUGAGUGACUCAAGUAACAGUUUGAAGCGGUGUAACUGCUGGACUGGUUUUACAGAGCUUUUGAAAUGAGAGAUCUACAUCUCUCAUUCUUGUUGGUCAAGUGACGCUAAUGGUGGAAUAAACUGACUUCAGUACAACUGAUCAAUCCAAAUCGCAAGUACCAUAUAAACAAGUGUGAUGUUGAAAUGAGAUGAGGCUCCGAAAUGGAACUGUGGCCACUGUGUUAGUUUUCAUCACUUUUCUCAGUUUGUCCUGGUACACUGCAUGGCAAAAUGGUAAAGAAAAGCUGAUUGCUUAUCAACGGGAAUUUCAUGCUUUAAAGGAACGUCUUCGCAUUGCUGAGCAUAGGACCCUGCAGCGUUCCUCUGAGCUAAAUGCCAUCUUGGAGCAAUUCAGACGUGCAGUAGCAGAAACAAAUGGAAGUAAGGAUGCAUUAAACAAUUUUUCAGAUGAAACACUGAAAUUGUUAAAAGAGCUAAUAAGCAGAAAAUCUCUUCAAGUGCCAAAUAUCUAUUACCAUUUGCCUCAUUUGUUGAAGAAUGAAGGAAGCCUUCAGCCUUCUGUGCAGAUUGGCCUGGGACGAACAGGCGUUUCAAUUGUAAUGGGAAUUCCCACCGUGAAGAGAAAAGUAAAGUCUUAUCUUACAGAAACUCUUCACUCCCUUAUUGAUAAAUUGUCUCCAGAAGAGAAACUGGAUUGUGUUAUGGUUGUCUUCAUAGGAGAGACAGAUCUUGACUAUGUACACAGCGUUGUAGCAAUCCUGGAGAAAGAAUUUUCUACAGAAAUCAGUUCUGGCUUGGUGGAAAUAAUAUCGCCACCUGCAACUUACUAUCCUGACUUGACAAAUUUAAAAGAGACAUUUGGAGACUCAAAAGAAAGAGUCAGAUGGCGAACAAAACAAAACUUGGACUAUUGUUUUCUUAUGAUGUAUGCCCAGAAAAAGGGCAUUUAUUAUAUUCAGCUUGAAGAUGACAUUGUUGUCAAGCAGAAUUAUUUCAGCACGAUAAAAAAUUUUGCACUUCAGCUCUCUUCUGAAGAUUGGAUGAUUCUAGAAUUUUCUCAGCUGGGUUUCAUUGGUAAAAUGUUCCAAUCUCCAGAUAUCACUCUUAUUGUAGAGUUCAUAUUUAUGUUUUAUAAGGAGAAACCUAUUGACUGGCUCUUAGAUCAUAUACUCUGGGUGAAAGUCUGCAACCCUGAAAAAGAUGCAAAACAUUGUGAUAGACAGAAAUCUAAUCUACGAAUACGCUUCAGGCCUUCCCUUUUCCAACAUGUUGGCCUGCACUCCUCCCUAGCAGGAAAGAUCCAGAAACUCACGGAUAAAGACUUCCUGAAACCAUUAUUACAUAAAAUUCAUGUGAAUCCACCGGCAGAAGUUUCUACAUCUUUAAAAGUCUACCAAGGACAUACACUGGAAAAAACCUAUAUGGGAGAGGAUUUUUUCUGGGCUGUUACACCAAUUGCUGGGGAUUAUAUCCUAUUUAAAUUUGACAAACCAGUCAACGUAGAAAGAUACUUCUUUCAUAGUGGCAAUCCAGAGCAUCCAGGAGAUAUUCUACUAAAUACUACAGUGGAGGUUCUGCCUUUUAAGAAUGAAGACUUGGUAUUAAGCAAAGAAACCAAAGACAAACGCUUAGAGGACGGUUAUUUCAGGAUAGGUAAAUUUGAAAGUGGUAUAGCAGAAGGAACAGUUGACCCAAGUCUAAACCCUAUUUUAUCAUUUCGGCUUUCGGUAAUACAAAACUCAGCAGUCUGGGCAAUUCUGAAUGAGAUUCACAUUAAAAAAGUCACAACCUGAUCAAAAUCUGUUUGGAGGAAAAGAGAAAAUCUUUUCAAACGUUUCCUAUAAUAUCCUACAUCUUUAACAGUCAAAAAUUGAAAAUACUGAGCAUGCACCUUAUUCCAGUUGUCUUUUAUUUUUCACUCGAACUCUACCUCUUGUGAAAUCUACUGUAGAUGAGAAGAUUGUAAGUAACCCUGCCUGUCAUAUCCAUCCAGAAACUGAUGCUCCACACUGAUAACGUUCAUCUGAGAUCCAAGUUGUCAUCCAUUUUUACAUGACUUUACCAUCUUAUGGUUGCCGAAGCCUGCUACUCUUAAUCCGUACUAUUUUGAUAGUAUAGUAAUACGGAGAAGUUGUACAUAUUAUUACAUUUCUUGAAGAUGAAAAAAUAUAAUUAAAUAAAUUUUAUGAAGGGGGGUACUCUCGGGGUUCCAUUUAUUUUGCUAUAACAAAACCCUCUUUUAUAGAUUAUCAGGAUAUAUUUAUAUCUAUAUCUAGAUACAGAUAUAUAGAUAUAGAUAUAUAUUAAAAACAUUAGGGAUAUUUAAUUUAUUAAAAUUUGAAAAGUACAUAUUUUUAUGCAGUAAAAUUUUAAAUUGAUAUAGGUUUUUUUAUGGAUUAUCUAGCUUAAAUUAUCUUUCUACAUUUUUCUUUGCAACUGCAAACAACAUAAAAAAUUAAUACCAUAUUUCAGCUAUACUGCCAUUCUAAGAAAACUAAAUUGAGUUUCUAAAUUAAGUACUUUUGUACCACAAAAUCUGUAAGAUAUUGUUCAAAGCAUAAGCAUGCCUUAAUUGCCAGAGUUCUGAAGAACAUUAUUCUUGGGGGCUACCAUAUUCCACUGAUUACAGAGCAUAGCCACAUAAAAAGCAUGUUGAAGUAUCUUAAUAUUUCAGUAUAACGUAAGUGCUAAAUCUGCAGUGAUUUUAAAUUUAAUCCAUCACAUUUUAGAGGGAGAUUUCGAUACCAAGCUAUCACUUUUUAAAAACUUUGUAGACAGUUCUUAAACCGAAUGAAUUCAUUCUCUGUGUAGAAGAGCAUUCCCUAUCUUUGUGCUAUAAAUUUUGAAUCUUGUCUCACAUGUCCAGACAUACGAAUUCUGUUCAGUACCUUGAAUGACUACAAUCCUACAUGAUAUUUUUAUCAGGAAAAUAAUAGUAAUUAGACACUUGUAAUUAACCUCAUUAGAGGUCUCUCUUUAAAUGUUUUUAUUUUAGUAUUUACCUUACUUACAUGUUGUAGUGGGUGAUUUUUUUUUAAAGGGUGAGUCAUGUCCAACUUCCAUGGGAAUCAAUUAAAAGACUUCCACUGAUUUUAAUAGAAUCAGGCCCAAAGUCAGUUUCCUGCCUUUUGCGCUUCAAGGAAAAGAACAAUGCUUGUUUAACUGAUGAGCAGCCCAGACAGUGUGAGCUCUUUGUGCUGCUACAGCACUGUUCAUAACAUGUAAUGCCAUUUAACAGUUCAUUAAAAUCUAGUAAUUUUUUCAUCACAUCUCAGCAUAGAUCUGAGAAAUUAUUUGGGUUUAGUUUUCCCCCAAUUGUAUCUGCGAAUGAUGCCAAUAAUUUAAAUUAUAUCAUUACUUAAUUUUUGAGUCAGAUAUAUGUUUCUGAACAUAACAAGCAACGCCAACUGUUGUCUUAUUGUUCCAUGAAGUUAAAAUGAUUUAUAAUAAAUUUACCAAUACCAUUGCUAGGUGCCUUUCCUCUGAGCAGUGUCUUCUUAUGGGUUUAUUCUGUCAGCCCAGCUGUUCCUAAAGCAAUGUUCAACAUAUAAGAAACUCCUAACAAUAUCUCUAAAUGUGUAGAAACUCACCCCAAACUGAUCGCAUUUUUGUGUUGUUUUUUUGUUAGCUCUACCCUAUAUUUUUUUUUUGAAGAACUUUUUUCUAGCAGUCAAAAUAUUGAACUGAAAUUUGUCAAUUAUCAUCCAUUAUCUUCUUGAUGAUAAACUGAUUUUUUUAAAAGGAUGAAUUUAUAUUCUGUUUUGUUAGAUCUUACUAGCAGGACCCAGAAAUACCCUGGGACGCUAUGACAGAUUGCACUCUUAGUAAAUGAAUGUGCCACAACAGUAGAAGUGAAUUUAUUAUAAAUCAUUUAGGGAGCAGGUUUUGUAGAUUCAGACCUGAUGUAAUCAGGUACAAUUCCAUUGAUUUCCUGAGAGUUUGUUCCUUAAAUUAGAAGACGGUAGGGGUGGAGAAAAUUUAGCUUGUGUUGUUAUUGUUUAAAGAAAAUUCUCUCUCUCUCUACACACCAUUGUUUUAGACUCUAAAUUCUCAAAAAUUCUGAUUCACAAAUCACUCCGAAGUGGUCUGCUCUCCUUUUUGGAGAUCCACCUCUAUAUGGCCGAAUAAGAGUAUUUCAAAUAUUGCUGGACAUUAGCCAGUUUCUGUAUUGCAUUCCUCCAUAAUUUUUUGAUUAAUAGACACUCCAAAUCUACUUAUGUGCAUUAUGUCAGCCAGAAACUAUAGAUGAUAGAUGUUAUAGCUUAAGGAAAUGUAGGUCUUUUUUCGAGCAGCUGGCAUUUCCAGAUACCUUAAUUUUCUGAUCAAAUUGAGUUUAAAUCCCCAGAUUUUAUGCCAAUUAAAGCUUUUUCUUAAAAUACUGGCUUUCUUUUUUAACAAUGACCUUUAGCAGGGCCCACAGCAAUUACAAAGAUUUGGCCUAUUCAUAAUGAAAUCCUGUUUGGCUUACUAAGUGAAUAGUCCUGCUGAAGACUUUUUGUGUGAGUGAUGUCAGAAAGAUUUGGCCUCAUGUCAAAAUAUUCCCCCAGGAAUGAAAACAAUCCCCCCUCUGAACAAGCUUCUACAGGCUUUCUGCUCUCUUCGGUACCCAAACUUAAUUUAUUUGCAUUAAUUGCAUUAUUUGACUAUUUACACUCAUAGGGAUAAAUGUAAUGAUUUUUUUCCUGCUAGCCAUGGUGGUUUGGCAAAGCUCAAGGCAGGUAUAGUAGUUAUGGACCAGAUUAGAAUUCUCAUCCCAUCACUGCUUUUCUCAGCCUUUUAAAAAUUUAAACUAGAAAAUCAUUAGGGUCCAUUGCAAGUCUGAGAUAAGAUAAGAUAGGUUUCAGAAUGGUAGCCUUGUUAAUCUGUAUCAGCAAAAAGGAGGAGGGGUGUCACAAGUACUCCUUGUUUUUUUUGAGAUAAGAUACUGGCUAAAUUUAAGGCAGAAUGAUUUUGUACUUCUGCCUUAUAAUAUGCAAUACGUAUACCUUUGAGUAUGUUGAGGGAUCACGUUUAGUCUUUUGGCAAGACUAGACAAUUUUGUACUUUUUCCUUCAUUUUUCCCAUAAGCAAGUAUAAAAUUUCUUCAGUAAUUCCUUUUUUUUUGUUUGAAAUAUCUGCUCCAAAAGGAAUACAGUAUUAAUUUACAUUGUGUACAUUACAAUACAUGUGCUUCUAAUCUGUGCUUUCCUCUGGAAACAAGAAUACAAAUUCAUUUCAAGACCAUUGUUUCAUGAAAUCAAGUGUUUGCUUAAGUUUUAGAUUUCAGCGUUCUCUUGUGUUUUCUGCUGUAAGCAGUGAGCUAGAACUCUAGGUAGCUUAAUGUUGAGAACUAUGAAACUUUGUUUCAAGGGGACAAACUUUGAUAUCUUUACAUGACUGGGAGUCAUCCUGCUCCCACUAAUUUUAUUGGUGCAGGAUCAAGCUCCUAAUUGCAAAACAUCAUUACUGUUGACUUUAAUGGUAGCUGGCAUGAUGAUCAUCACUGGUGCUAAAUGUUCCUAUGAAGUAAGAAAGGGUGGUUGUUUUUUUUAAAAAAAAGUGUUAAUUGGUGGCUGCCUGCAGGUCAGGAGCUCUCCCUUUGUGCCAGUGUACAGCAGGUCACAACAGGAAUUCCCAGCCUCCCCAGGAUCAAAAGUAUUAUGCUUUACUUGUUGAAAUGGUAAUUUUUUCUUUGUUGCUCAGUGUUUGCUAAGAUUUCAAUAGAUGACUUGGAGUGCAUUCUCUUCAAGGCUGAUACACGACUGUAAAAUGAACUGCCAGCAGAUUUGGUAUUUUAAGCUAAAUGUAUUAUUUUUUUUCUAUAAAAGAUCAAAUAUUGAAGUUGUAUUGUAACUAGUUUCCUGUUUAAAAAUAUCCUUUUUGAAAUUAAAACCUGGUGCCUGAGUUUGAUACUGAGCA